UUCAUAAAGAUGAUGGACGUGUUGUUUGGAUUUAUACGAGGUUUAAAAAUUGGUAACUGGGAAUUGCACCUAGACGCAACACGCCAAAUGCUGCCAUGGUUUUUUGCAUACGACCGUCCCAAUUAUUCCCGCUAUUGUACAUUCUAUGUCAUGGAGAUGCUGCGCUUGCCAGAAACACAUCCCGGAAUAUGUGAGGAAUUCACUAACGGAAAUUUUGCGGUUAGAAGAUCUCCUGGAAAAUUCAAUAAAGUUCCCAGUGACCAAUGCAUAGAGCAAACCAUUAACAGAGAACAAAAAUGUCAUGGUGGAAUAACUGGAUACAGCACUUCUCCUGGGACUAUACAAAGAUGGGUAUUUACUAGCCACACUAUUGCAAAAUGUAUAAGUAUCCUCGAAGACAUGCUGACAAUCAAACAAAAAAUGUCACAUCCCAAAGAAUUAGGUAAAUCCAGAAUGGAAUUCGACGAAGCUUCUGUUCAGAGAUGCUACGACACUUUGGUCUCUUGGGGAAGCCCAUUUAACAGCCGAGACAGCCUUGUUCAAAUUUGUUCUGGUGUGGAAGCUACCACAGUCGUCGAGAAAAACUUACUGGAAGCCCAUUCUGUUGGAAAAAAAGAGAUGGAAGAAUUUGUUGAAAAAAGAAUCAAGUCAAAUGAAAUUUCCUUCUAUGAUCGAAUUAAAAAAAACCGUCUCAAAACGUUUAAGGAUGUCGCAGUGAAGAAGGUGUGUAAGGUAAAAGAGAAGAACAUUACGAUCGCUGCAGAACGAAGUGUGUUUGCAAAGUUGUUAAUCAUUGCACAAAACCGCAAUAAUAUUUCGAUGAAGGAAGUCUUGAGUUACCCUUUGAGUCCAAUUCCUUGGGCUCUUGCUCUUCCAGAUGGGGGGCUUGUGAAAACAGUCAAGUCUAAGUUGUUGGCGAAAAUAGAAGAGGGUAUUGACCCAGAAGAAUCCUUACCCACGAAUUGUUGUACGAUUUUUGAUGGAAUGGUUUUGCUGCAGCAAUUGGAUGGUAUUCCACUCCUCACAUUCGGGGAUAUAUCAGAGUUUCUUUUAAAGAGAAUCUUGCGGUGUAAGUCUCAAAUCAUCUACUUCGUUACUGACCAGUACUUCCAGAAUUCUGUGAAAGGCUAUGAGAGAAGCAGACGUACCGCAGAUGGAACACUCCGAGUACGCAUCGAACGAAGAGAUCAAAAGAAGCCAUCUCAGUUGAAGAAGUACAUGCGCAACGACGAAAACAAAAAAGAAAUCACUCAGUUUUUAUUAAACGACUGGUCCAAUGAAAGUCGAUUUGUAGGUCUACUAGAUCGUCGUGAAAUUUACUUCAAUUGUUUGUCAAAAUUUUUCAAAAUAUAUGUCGUCAACGGUCGUGUAUGUUGUGAAGAAGAAUCGUCCUUAGAAAACCACCAAGAAGAGGCAGACACCAAGGUAUUUCUCUGUUGCAACCACGCAAGCGUGACUGGCGUUGAUAAUGCAUGCAUCGUAACCGUGGACAGUGACAUUGUCAUAUAUGCUGUACAUUUUGAAAAUAAAAUUGGAAUCAACAUUUAUCUACAGAUCGGUUCGGGUGGACGGAAACGAAUCUUAAGUGUGACCAAAAUUCGAGAUGCUGUUGGUCCCGCAAUUGCAGAGGCUCUUCCAGCUUUCCAUGCUUUUACAGGUAAUGACUUCACAAGUGCAUUUCACGGCAUAGGGAAAGUGAAGCCAUACAACUUAUUGAAAGCUAACGAAAUAUUUCAAAAUGUGUUUGCCAAGCUAGGUAAAUCUGCGACAUUUGAUGUUGACCUCUUUCCACACAUUGAGCAAUUUGUUUGCAAAUUAUAUGGAGUCAGUGCAACUAACACAGAUGACGCACGCUACAAAAAGUUCUGUUCGUGUAAACCUACACCUGAGCCGCAACAGCUUCCUCCAACUCGAGAUGCACUACUAAAUCAUUGUAAAAGAGUUUCAUAUAUCACAGCGAUAGUUCGAAAUUCUUUGGUUGCAAAUCCAAACCUACCAAGCCCAAAUGGACAUGGAUGGAAUGUCAACGGUGAGAAACUAGAGAUCAUUUGGCUAUUAAGACGACCUGCACCAGAUGCUCUAUUGGAAAUGGUUUCUUGUUCUUGCCGUAAGUCAUCAUCUUGCGCCAAAGAAACUUGUGUUUGUAGCUCGUACGAUUUGCCUUGCACAGAUUUAUGCUCCUGUAACUGUGUUGAUCAAGGAUCAGACAACGACGAGAUAAUUCUCGAAAAUGAUGUUGAAGACGAUAGUUCUGAUGACGAAAGUGAGGAUGACACAGAAGAUGAAGAAACUUUAUUUUCAGAUUAACAUUAAUAUUCUUGGUUUUUAAGUAUAUGUUAGAUAAUAAAUUAGUUAGUGUAUUUCCUGUCAAAUAUUCGAUAUUUUCUCAUACAGAGGUUUGGUGACAAGAUUUAUGCGCAUUAAUAUCAUAAUUACGGAGCCGAAAGUAACUUCGGCGUUAUUGAGUCCCAUUUUGUUUUACAUUUCGACAAAAAAUGCUCACGGCAAUAUGUUUUCUGUGGGGUUUUAUAGUUGUGGCUGUUAGCUUUUUUAUGCUGUGACGUCAUUUCUAAAAAUAGGACAAGCAAGAAAAUUCAAGAAGGCCAGUAAAUGU